AUGGAGGAAAACAACUCUUCACAUCCCGACUAUGAAGUCGUCCCUGGAACAGUCUACCUUGUCACUAGACCAUCCCACAAUACCAAUGAACAAGGCGAUAUCAUCCUUGUUCCAACUCCAUCUGAUAACCUAGGUGAUCCACUUCGCUGGUCCGUCUGGCGAAAGAGAUAUCAUCUGUUCUUGCUUGUCAUAUACAGCACUGUCAUGACUGCCCUGGGAAACUGGGAAAGUUCUGUUUACGUUGAUAUUCAAGAUGCGCUUGGGACAUCGAUUAAUCAACUCAACAUUGGUACUGCUUUGACUUUGCUGAUGCUUGGUGUUGGAAAUGUCUUUUUCACGCCUCUGUCUCACAAGUUUGGUCGACGUAUCGCAUACCUAUCCAGCCUGGCCGUUGUCAUCGGCUGUCACAUCUGGCUUGCAACUGCAAGAAAUUCUGGUGACUUCAUCGGCGCUCACGUCCUCUUUGGACUAGGCCGUGCACCAUACGAAGCUCUCGUUCCCAUCUCGAUCGCCGAUAUCUUCUUUGCUCAUGAACGAGGUUUUGCCUUGGGUAUUUACGCCUUCGGGUUAUCAGCAGGAUCUUCAGUCGGCCCCAUUUGUUCUGGAUACAUGAUCGAGACUCUCGGUUGGCGUUGGGUAUAUUGGUGGGGUGCUAUAUUGUGUGGUAUACUCUUUGUUGCCAUCUUCUUCACUUUGGAGGAAAGUAACUUCACUAGAGAGUCGGCGCUCCCUCAAGAGCAAGUACAAGAAACUCAAGAGUCUGCUUUGGAGGCCAUUCUAGAGGAUGACAAAGGAGAAAAACAUCUUCAUUCAGCACUCACCAACGGCAGUGUAUACAGAGUUGGCCAAGUCCUGGAGACAGACUCAUUUCGACUUCAGUACCGCCCGUGGGUUGUUCUCCCAGGAACUUGGGGCCAGUUCGUCAGGCAAGUCUAUCGUCCUUUGCAACUAUCUUGGUUUCCAGCCAUCGUUUGGAGCGGACUUGAGUAUGGCGCUUGUGUAUCCUGGAUCACCGUCCUAGGAACCACUACAGCUUCCAUCUUGGGCUCGUCACCAUAUAACAUGAGCAAUGAGGCUCUGGGUCUUAUCUGGCUGUCUCCUCUUAUUGGAGGUCUCUUUGGAGCCUUGAUGGCGGGUCCUUUUAACGACAAGCUUGUCCUGUUCCUCACACGCCGAAACCGUGGGUGGCUAGAACCAGAGUUCCGUCUCCAGGUUUUCAUCCCCAUGGCGUUCCUCAUGUCAGGCGGUCUCUUACUCUACGGCGUUGGUGCCGCCAACGCGCUACCUUGGAUUGGUCCUGUCGUCGGCAUGGGACUCGUUGGCUUUGGCUUGACGGUCGCAGCAGCUCUCACUAUGGCUUACGUUGUUGACUGCUACAAGGAAGUUGAUGGUGAAGCUAUCACAACUGUUAUCUUGAUCAGGAACAUCAUUGGCUGUGCUAUGACAUUUGGUAUUCAGCCUUGGAUUGACAGUAUGGGAGUACAGGAUACCUUCAUUCUGGUCUGUUUCUUGUCUUUUAUCAUCACCGUAUUUGCUGGUGCAUUUAUCAUUUGGGGAAAGAAGUUUCGCCUUCUUACCAAGAUGGCAUAUCUGAGCUUUGCAGGAACUUCCUCGAGGGUAAACUAA